CCUCACGUUGUGUAAUUUUGUUCUUUUCUGUUUAUAUUUUAUUUAUUUUAUCUAUACCUAUCAUUCAACGGUAGCGAGUCUAGUGCUGAGUUCUCACUCGUCACUCAUUCCCAGGCAAGUAGUCGUAAAAAACAACACUCAAAAAUUGUAUAUUCAGUAUUUCAUCUUUCGUUGUAGCCAAAUCACAGCACCGAACAACGGUAAUGGAGAUCAAACCUGGCUUAUCGGCGCUCGUCACCGGAGGUGCCUCUGGAAUCGGCAAAGGUCUAGUCCUAGCUCUUGCAGAGAAGGGUGUAUUUAUUACAAUUGUCGAUUACUCUGAAGAAAGGGGAAAAGAAGUUGCUUCCCUUGUUGAGAAAAUCCACACCAAGUUUCACUCUAAGUUAAAGUUUCCAUCAGUCAUGUUCAUGAAAUGCGAUGUCAGUAACUCAAGGGAUCUAGCUGCAGCAUUUGAGAAGCAUUUUUUGACAUAUGGCGGACUAGACAUUUGUAUCACCUCCGCAGGGAUUGGUAAUCCUGUACCAUUCAGUAAGGAUCAAACAGAUGGCACUCGUAGUUGGAGACACACUAUUAAUGUCAACCUGAUUGCUGUUAUUGACAGCACUCAUCUUGCGAUUAAAACCAUGGAAGCUGCAAAAAGGCCUGGUGUGAUUAUCAAUUUGGGUUCUGCUUCUGGUCUUUAUCCAAUGUACGCCGAUCCUAUCUAUUCUGGCUCCAAAGGUGGUGUUGUUAUGUUUUCUAGAUCACUUCGUCUAUACAAACGUCAGGGAAUUCGAAUCAAUGUUCUUUCUCCUGAGUUUGUUGAAACUGAGAUGGGUUUAAAGAUUGAUCCCGAUUUUAUCCGUCUUAUGGGGGGAUUUGUACCUAUGCAAAUGGUUGUAAAAGGUGCUUUUGAGCUCAUUACGGAUGAGGAUAAAGCUGGUCAUUGCCUAUGGAUUACAAAUCGUCGAGGUAUGGAGUACUGGCCAACCCCAGCAGAAGAAGCAAAGUACUUGGCACGCUCCUCACGUUUGAGGAGAAGAUCUGAUUUCAAAGCACCAGCAAUUACACUUCCUGAGAGUUUUGAAAAAAUAGUUGUUCACACCUUAACUCACGACUUUCGGAAAGCUACCAGAAUAGUGAGGACACCACUGAGAUUACCAGUCAAACCAAAUCAUGUUCUUGUGAAGAUAAUUUCUGCUGGUGUAAAUGCUAGUGAUGUAAAUUUUAGCUCAGGCAGGUAUUUCGGUGGCAAAACCAGUGAUGUUGCUUCUCGUCUUCCAUUUGAUGCUGGAUUUGAGGCUGUAGGAAUAAUUGCAGCAGUUGGGGAUUCUGUCAGUGACUUGAAAGUUGGAAUGCCUUGUGGGUUCAUGACUUUUGGAGGUUAUGCUGAAUUCAUAAUGAUUCCUGCAAAGCAUGCGCUUCCGGUGGCAAGACCAGAUCCAGAAGUUGUUGCAAUGCUUACAUCAGGAUUAACAGCUUCAAUUGCUCUAGAAAAGGCAGGGCAAAUGGAAUCUGGAAAAGUGGUGCUUGUUACUGCUGCAGCAGGUGGAACAGGGCAAUUUGCUGUUCAGCUUGCUAAAUUAGCUGGAAACACAGUGGUUGCAACUUGUGGAGGUGCAGCAAAGGCUAAGCUUCUGAAAGAAUUGGGCGUUGAUAGAGUCAUCGACUAUCAUAGUGAAGAUAUAAAAUCUGUCCUAAUGAAAGAGUUCCCGAAAGGUAUUGACAUCAUCUAUGAGUCCGUUGGUGGUGACAUGUUAAACUUGUGUUUGCAAGCUUUGGCAGUCCAUGGGAGACUCAUUAUUAUUGGCAUGAUUUCUCAGUAUCAAGGAGAAAAAGGUUGGACGCCAUCAAACUACCCUGGACUGUGUGACAGGCUCUUGGCAAAGAGCCAAACAGUGGCUGGCUUUUUCCUGGUGCAAUAUAGUCACUUGUGGCAGGAACAUCUUGAUAAGCUAUUUAAUUUCUACUCUAAGGGAAAUUUGAAGGUUUCUAUUGAUCCAAAGAGAUUUCUAGGCGUGCAUUCUGUUGUAGAUGCUGUGGAGUAUCUCCACUCAGGCAAAAGUGUUGGGAAGGUGGUUGUGUGUGUGGACCCAACCUUCCAGAAGCAAGUGGCCAAAUUAUGAGUACACAUUUUAAGUGACGUCUCUCAUAGUAGGGAUAUUCAGCAGUUUUCAAUGCAUAAAGGAGAGCUCGAGUUUGCAGCUCCUGUUAACAUUAUAGUGGAAUGUUAUUGAAAUAGUUCAAAUAAAAAAGAUUUUGGUGAUUACA